CGUCUGGGUUUUCUUUUCUUUUUUUCCUUUUCUAAAAAAAAAAAAAGUCUACUCCAUUCAAGCCUUGCUGAAGUCACUGGACGAAUCGCCUCAUUGCACUGAGUCAACAACAAAGUGGUGCCCUUCGCCGGAGCAGUGAACAAGGAGAAAGGUCCCCGGCUCUGAGGGGGUUUCGCACUUCUUCCUCAUGAACAUACAGAGGUCAAAUCCAAUUAACAUUUCACGUUAUGGGAGAUCGCGACACAAAUCGCACGAUUUCGAAGAAUUGUCUUGCAUAAGGACUACAGAGUCGCACCAGAGCUUCAGCCCCAACCUCGGCUCCCCCAGCCCGCCGGAGACCCCGGACUCCUCGCACUGUAUCUCCCGCAUCGGGGACUACCUUUUGUUGGAGCCGCUGGAGGGAGACCACGUUUUCAGGGCCGCCCACCUGCACAGCGGGGACGAGCUCGUGUGUAAGGUCUUUGACAUCGGCCGGUACCAGGAGUCACUGGCGCCCUACUUUGCCCUGGGCCAGCAUCGGCACAUUAACCAAAUCCUGGAGAUCUUGCUCGGGGAGACGCGAGCAUACGUGUUCUUCAACCGGAGCUAUGGCGACAUGCACUCUUUCGUCCGCACCUGCAAGAAGCUGCGGGAGGACGAGGCCGCCCGGCUCUUCUUUCAGAUAGCCUCGGCCGUGGCGCACUGCCAUGACAAUGGGCUGGUCCUCCGUGACCUCAAACUGAGGAAGUUUGUCUUCAAAAAUGAGGACAGAGGCCUUGUAAAGCUGGAGAGUCUCGAGGACACUUACAUCCUGGCCGGCCACGAUGAUUCCCUGUCGGACAAGCAUGGCUGCCCGGCCUACGUCAGUCCGGAGAUCCUCAACGCCAACGGCAGCUAUUCAGGGAAGGCGGCUGACGUCUGGAGCCUGGGUGUCAUGCUGUACACCAUCCUGGUGGGGCGCUACCCCUUCCACGACGUGGAGCCAGGCUCCCUGUUCAGCAAAAUCCGCAGGGGCCAUUUCAACAUCCCCGAAACGCUGACACCCAAAGCCAAGUGCUUGAUCCGCUCCAUUCUGCGCCGGGAGCCGGCGGAGCGCCUGACCUCCCGCGAGAUCCUGGAGCACCCGUGGUUCGCCUCCUCCGGGGCGCUGGGGGGCACGCCGGCACACAGCAGGGGGGAAAGGGAACAGGAGCAGAUUGUGCCUGAGGUGAACAUGGAAGAGGAGCUGGAGCAGUUCUUCAGCUGAGCACAGGCCAAGCACACAAACGGACGAUGCCGCCACAGUCGGCUCGCCGCGGUCGCACGGCAGAGCCAGAAACAGUAGUUUAGAAGUCAAAUAGGUGAAUUUGUCACUCGUAAUAAAGGUGUUUCCAUCCUGUUUCCUUAUCCACCAUUUCAUGGAAAACCUUGAGCCUGGCAUGACAAAUGGCAUCUAUAUUUCAUCUGGCGACCGGCACCCCGGUGGGGGGGGUGUUGCCACCAGACAUGCAAAGUGCAAACAAUGUAGCAAACGUUCUUCAUUAUUUUAUUCUGAUUGUUUUUUUGUUUUCUUCCCCGGAUGUGUUUGUUUUAACGUGGUGCUCCAUUUAAAAGAAAAACCAUUCACCAACUCACUGAUCCAUUCACCUUUUUUGACACUAUGGAAAGCAUGAAGGGACACGGGGGUGCGGGAAAGCGAGGAGGAGCCAACCCACGCCCGGAAACACCACAGCUUUUCUUCCAGAUGUGGCUUUGUGUUCGUCCCAGCCGUGGCUGCUAGGAAAAACCACAGAGCCGGAAGUAAUCCUGCCUCGUGUUUGCUAAACCAACACAAGGCGGUUACACCUGAUCUGAGACCAUUUAAGAAACUGGGCGUUUUAGUUGGCUGUAUCUUUCCCUUUGACGCUUUUGCCUUUUUGGUUUGUCUCUGUUUUUGCAUUACAGAAGACUCUGGCAUUGUAACUAAACUCUUCAAUGGCCUUGUUUUCAGUCAUGAUUAAGCCUCCUUCUUCUCCUCAGUCCCUUCAUUUUUUUUUCUCUAUACUUUUAAUUCAUAUUAUGUUUGUACACCAGUUAAUGGUUUUAUUUUAUUUUCAAGCUAUUCCAGUCUGUUACUGCUGCAUUAAUGUCACUCCCUAAACCUUAAUCUUGAGCUAUUUUUCUCAGUAAUCCUCCCAACAUGGCAUCAAGCACUUGGUGUGUUAGUCUAAUUUAGGUUAAAGGACAAUUCCACCAUUUUUUUUGAAAAAAAAAAAUUAGCUUAUUUUAUUUAACUGUAUCCUUCAGUUGUAGGAACGAGAACAUAACAUUUAUUUAAAUUGUAACGGCUAUAUAAAUAUAUAUAAAUAAAUAUAAAUUUCUAUAUUUAAAACUACAUUGCAGGGUUUUUCUUUAUCCAGAGAUUCCUUUUUCAUGUAUGACGUAGGCAAUAUCUCGACACAAGACAGGAGCAAAAACGUCUGUCUGAAGUUUUAGGAAACACAAUAUCGUCUGUGCCAGUAUUCCUGUGCCCCGACAGGCCAAGCCACCAAGUCUCCCUCACUUCUUUAGAGAAAAAAAAAAAGAAAGGAAAAAAAAAAACUUGAUACGAGAAAUUCAGUAGAAGUGUUUGCUAUGACAUGCUCACUCCAUGACCUCAUGUUAGUUUUCCUACUGCCUGUGUAGGUUCUGUGAAACGAUCAUGCUCGGAAUGGGUACCAGUGGACAUGUUUUAUCGUAUCUCAAUGUUACUUGAAUUUGUGUUUUUUAAUCUAGUCAUUGGCAUGUGCUCCAUGAAUGCUAUAGCCUGCCUAGUGAGGGUGGGGUUGGGGUUAGGAGGAUGCUUGUAGUGUUUUUCUUUCUUUUUUUGCUU